GAUCGAGUGCUGGAAAUUGAAAUGCCCUGAUGAGAUGUUUUUCUUCCGUCCGCUUGUCAAAUAUUCAGAUGAGUCAUCUUCCGUCGAAGAAAAUAGCGAGGAUAAUGACAACGAUGAAAAUGACGAUGAUGAUGACAACGCAGUCUUACCAAAUUCAAAAAACGGACUGUUAUUCGUCCAUCAAACCGAGAAUCAGAGGCGCCUUCUCCAGAGGUAUGCCAAUGAACUUACUCUUCUGGAUGCCACAUACAAAACGACAAAAUACAGUCUCGCUCUAUUUUUCCUUGUGGCAAAGACCAAUGUAAACUAUCAAGUUGUGGGUUCUUUUGUCUUGCAAAGUGAAACAUCGUACGCUAUCACAGAAGCUUUCGAGGUUAUCAAGGGUGGGAACAAAGGAUGGAAUCCAGCAUACUUCAUGGUAGACUACUCCGAAGAAAAAAUGUCUGCAAUCAAGAGAAUAUUUCCAGAGAGUCAGAUAUACAUCUGCGAUUUCCAUCGGGAGCAGGCGUGGGAACGAUGGCUAGCUAAAACUAGCAAUGGGCUAGUCUCAUCAAAGAAUGUGAUGCUCGCAAAACUACGGGCCAUUGCCAGAGCGAGGACGGAGAGGGAUUAUAAUGAAAAAGUUGCAAUUCUGAAGACAUCUGAAGAAUGGAAAGCUGCACAACUGGAUUGCAUGAUAGGGAAAUGGGUAUGGGCCUACCAAAAAGAUCGACUGCUGACUAUCAUUAACACCAACAACGGUGUGGAAAGGCAGAACAAAGCAUUCAAGUACGAAUAUUUGGAUGGCUACAAGCAUUCGACAUUAAGCGUGAUGCUUACAGUGCUAAUUGAAGACUUUCUGCCAGAUCAAUAUUUGAAAUACGUUGAAUUAAAUACCAAAUUACAAAGCAACUACCGUCAAUAUACUUCUGAUGUUCCCUCAUAUCUACAUGAAAGACCACACCCUAUGAUUAAGCAUUGCAUGGAAAGGCUUGCUUCUUCAGAAGAUACCAUGCCAGCCCACAUUAAUGUUGUUGACGACGUUCACGGAAAAUUUGAAGUUCGCAGUCAAGAUGACUCAAGCAAGUUUUAUACAUUGUCAUUCGGAAGCGACUCUGAUGAUUCUCCGAGCUGUGAUUGUUAUGACUGGGAAAGACACAGACUGCCAUGCAAACACUUCUUCGCGAUAUUCAGAAACUAUCCUUUGUGGUCAUUCGAGAAACUACCAAAGUCGUAUACGGAAUCCCAAUUCCUGACGGUUGAUCGAGUAGGUUUCAAACCCAUAAUUGAAUCAUCGCGAAAUGAAGAAAAUAGCCAAUUGAAUCCAGAGGAUCCUUUACAACCCAACGAAGCCCUUGAGAAUGAAAACCAAGCAACAAAAAAUGAAAAGGACGUCACACCCACUCUUGUAGAUGAGCUCAAACGAAAGCCAUCUUCGCACAGAACAGAAGCAGCAAGAUGCCGGGAAAAGUUAGGUCAAAUAAAAAAUCUAACGUUCGUUGCAGAAGGAUGGGAAAAUGCCAAUGUUUUGAAUCAAGUAAAAGUCAAAUUGGAUGAAUGCUAUAAACUAUUGACAGAUGCUAGUCCCAAAGAGAACGGCCUAGUGCUAGAAGCGCCAGAGAAGAAAACCACUGCAUGUACCUCCAAAGCUAAUGGUAAAAGCCAUUCAACUAAUCCUUUCAAACCUAUUCCACAACCAUUAAAGAAAAAUCCUUGGUCAGGUCGAAGUGGUGAAAAAGCAGCGACCUUAAAACGUUGCUAUGUUUCAAGUUUGAUGGAAAUUGAAGGGAAAAAAGCAAAGAUUGGACGAACUGAUUCAAAUAUGAUUCAAACUGAUGUGAAGAAAGAAAUAAUCCAUACCUAUUCUGAACCUGUGGAUGAAGAAUCAGACAUAGAAUUGAAAAAAGGGACAACUGACAAACCUGUAAGAAAAGAAGGCAAAACAGGAAAUCAAAGGCAAGGUUUUCGUCUCACCCACGGAACUACAGAAUCAAAGGAUAUGCAAAGGGAAAAAGAACACAAAAAUGUAAAGGUAUGUAAUCCCAGCUUAACAUAUUAUUCAAGUGCAUAUAAAAAGAACAAUUGA